AUAAAUAGGAACAGCCACCACGCUAUCAGGUGUGGAUGUCACCAGAAAAAUAAGAGGACAAGCGGCAUGCCAGUCGAUGACUGACGUGAAGUCUGGAUAGAACAACUGAUUGAUCUCAUUUGCUGCCUACAAGCCAAGGAUGUAAAAUCACGUGACCAAACCUACGGAAUAGAGAUGGCAUGUCAUUCAAUCCGUGCAUAUACAAGCCCAGUACGACGUCUUCAUGUCAUCGGCAGAGCUCUGUCAUCACACACCUCCUCCCCUACUCUGCUAGUGGAACCGUCCGAUGCUUUGAUAGAUGAGCCUUUGACUAUCAGAGUAUCAGGCCUAAAGCUUCAUCAGAAGAUCACACUUUCUGCUUUUCUGAGGGCUGAGGGGAAGGAGUUUGUGUCCUGCGCACACUACACAGCUGAUGAUGCUGGUUGCGUGGAUACUGCUGUCCACUCAAGUGGAGGGGGGUCCUUUUACGGUGUUGAGCCGAUGGGACUAUUAUGGUCAAUGACCCCAUCUAAGGAUAAGGGGGCGAAACGACUGCUUAUAAAAGAUGUCACCAGGCCGUAUGACGUCACCAUGUCAGUCCACGCAGAUCACAUGGACUUGGAAGCUAUCAAGUCUGCGAACAACAUCUCAACUGUUCUCGAUACACAGCACGUGAGACGAUGGUACUUGCGGAAUGGAGUACAGAGAAUUCCUGUACGCAAGGGCCGCUUACGAGGAACCUUAUUUAUUCCUUCAGGUGUGGCGCCAUACCCUGCCGUCCUUGAUAUGUUUGGUGGUUCUGGUGGGCUGUUUGAGUUCCGGGCGGCGCUUCUCGCCUCCAGAGGGUUCCUCACGUUCGCUUUGGCCUAUCUUGCUUUUGAUGGACUUCCCCGGAACUUCGAUGAACUUGACUUUGACUAUUUCAUGGAAGCAGUAGAAAUGCUGAGUGGGCACCUCCUUGCCCUACCUGGAGGGAUUGGGGUCAUUGGUUCGUCUUUUGGAGGUGGACUGACGAAUAUGCUGGCAUCCUUUUGUGACAAGGUUAAAGCAGCGGUAGUGAUCAAUGGGCCUCCGACGUCUCCCCUCCGAGACCAAGACGUGAAUGGAGAAAGAAUUAUUGGACACAUACCGAGGUGGAAUGAACUGUCUGGUGACAUCAUUUUAAAUUACGAUCACAGCGAUGUUCUUCCAAUGUGGCGACAAGGAGCUAAGAUACUGCAUUUGGUCAGUGAAGAUGACCAGGUUCUACCUUCCUCAGCGUACAGGUCCUUAAUGCAGAAGAUACCAGGAGAUAAGAAACACAACAUUCAGAGCGUAUUCUAUCCCGGAGCUGGUCAUCUUCUAGAGCCACCCUUUGCCCCGCUGUGUAGAGAAUCCUCUAUUAAGAUAGGAAAUGAUACCCUCGUAAUUUGGGGCGGAGAUAUGCAGAGCCAUGCUGUCGCCCAGGAGAACUCAUGGAAAAGAAUUCUGGAACAUUUGAACACUCAUCUUUCAAGAAUAAGUAUGUGAUGGAAUGAAGCGCACAGCAGCCCCACUCUACAAUAAACAGUAUUUGACUCGC